AUGGUGAAGAAAAUUUGUAAGGCUAUACUUGAAGCCCAAAAGGAACUUGAAGAUGAAGAUGUGCCCCAAUUGCCUACUUCUUUGAAAAAGGAAAUAAAACAAUACUGUUCCCAAAUCAUUGCCUACAAGGAAGAGGCCGAGGUUAGAGAGGCCACAAGUCGUCCAAGAGAAGCAUCCUUCUACAAGAAAUCACUUACCAAAUGGGAUGUCACACAGAGGUUGUUCAAGGAAGAAAUAGAUAAGUUUGACAAAGCUGAGCAAAGGAAAGGCGUCCAACAGUCAAUCAAGUAUCGGACAGGCCAUGCCAGGGAAUGGUUUGACAAUAUGUCACCUUCACAACAGGAGGAGGUCAAGUUGGCCAUGACAAAAUGGAAUAGGGAGGGGGCACCAGAAGAAAGUCAAGCAAUAUCUUCCUUAAGGUAUAGGAAGAACAACCUCAAGAAAACACUUGAAGACUUUUCUGAGCAAAUCCGGCAUACUAUGGGUUGUCGAGUGGUGAUGUUCGUUAGUCACAAGAAAAAAGCUAGUCAGACAUUGUCUGUCAGUCUACAUGAAACCGACCCUCAAAAUGUCAAGAAGAGGUUCUCUGUCAGCUCCAAUUGGAUCAAGGAGUGGACUGCAACUGGAUUUGAAUCCUUUGCAGAAUGGUCAAAGACCAAGUUUUAUCCUUCAGAUGAUCAGGACCUCAAGGGUUCAGACAAUGAGGAUGCUGGCAAUGAAGCUGCUAUCCCCGAAAUUAUCCCAGAUGAAGACAGAUAUGCCAAACUUCCUAGUUGUGAUGGUCUUGGCCUUAAGGGCCAACAUGAAUUGAUUAGGGGUAUAUUUCAUGCUUCAUAUAAAAUUUGCACUGGGGGCUCUAGACCUGUGCCUUGGGGUGUGAUGACUGCUGCCUCGUCCAAUUAUUUGGAACAUGGUUCUGUUCCCACUGCAUUUGUGGUCAAAGACCCUUCUCAUAUGAAGACUGAGGAGGUAAAUCGUCUAUGGAACCAUUGGGAACAAAAUUCAGCUGCAAACAAGAAGCUAGUUGUUUUUGUCAAAGCCAAGGAUGGUGAUGUUCGUGCAAAUGUAAGAAAUGAAGAAAGAAAGAAGAAGUCUAAGGCAAAAAGAGUAAGCUUACUUGACUCAGACAAAGAAGACAGAGACCAGCUUCCUUCCUUGAACAGCUCUGAUCUCACAGAACAUAGAACCCAGCCAGCCGACACAACCCCUGACGACGUUUCAAUCACUGAUCAAUAUACAUUCCUGGAAUCUCUAAGCAAGAAUGACAACUACCUGGAGCUUAUAGAUGCCAUUAGGGAUCUGGCAAUCUUGGCCAAGCAGAAGCCAACUUCAGUGCAAAAUCCAGAUUUGCCUAUCUGGGCUAACUGGUCUUGGGGAGGAUCUUAUCUUCCUGAGGACAUGCAUGUGUCAUAUGACACUUUGAAGGCGAGCUUGGAUAAGCUGCAAGCAUGUCCAAUCUCAGGGGCAGCAUCUGCCAUGCCAGUGAUUCUAGGAAUUGGGCUCCUCUAUAGGGAGUCUAAACAUGUCAUAGAGUAUGAGGAAGAUGAGGCUGACCCCAAUAUGCCUUUCUACCUACCUUAUUCUGCUUUCAAUCUAGAAUUCUUGGUUAAGUGCACAGUUGUCGAGCACAUAGAGAAGCUGACAAAAGAGGCACUUGGUGAGGACAACAACAUGGAGGAUGAAGAUGAAGUUGGAAACAAGGUGACUGAGGAGGAAGUUGAUCUCACAAAAGAGAAGGAGAAGCAGCAGGAGCAGGAGGAGCAGGAGGAGCAGGAGGAGCAGGAGGAGCAGGAGAAGGAGCAGGAGCAGGAGCAGAAAGGGAGGAAGAGAAGAAUGCCCCAAGCUUCGACCAGUAAGUCUAAGAAGCCUAGGAUUGAGCCUGAAGUCUGCAGAUCAGCCAGGACAAGGCAACCUUCCAAGAGAAACCAGAACUGA